AUGGUGCCCGACGCCAUCCAGCGCGCAGGAUCCAACAAGCGCAAUGUCUCGGCGCCACUCCAAAGCCACCCCAAGUCCCCCGUUAUCAGCGACCUGGAGUCCGAAGAUGGCCUGGUCUACGACCUCUCUGAUCCGUGGGACCCCUCUGCCGCUCAAGCAGUCGCCGUUCCUGCCCCACACCGCAUCCCUUCACAGAAGCAGCCACGCCUCACCUCCAUAUCAAAGGUCCCCAACGCAGAUCCAUACAUCGCGCGUAAUCCCUGCAUCAAAGGCAAGGAACCAGCAGCCAGUUUUCGAGACCGCACAGUUGCACCCACCGCACCAGCUACUUCUGCCGCACCAGCUGUACAGCGCAUCCACCGGAAGCCAGUCGAACACCCCAUCGGGAGUCUGACUCCUCUUUCUGGGCUCGGCUUGGAGGAUGCUGGCAUCGACGACGUCAUGGGAGGAGCUGAGGUCGCCCGUUUUGACGACAGGCAAUUUGCGAAGAACGCCCAACUGACAGGUCGGCAUGGGAGCCAAAGAGACAGCAGGGGCAUCAUGGCUGCUCGUAUGGAGAUGCAGCAGCAACAGAUCGAUCAGAACCGCGUUCCACAAACCAACGGCCAGUUUCAGGUCCAUCCAUACGACUCUCCCCUUCCACCCGUCGCUCGCAAGAGCGUCGGCUUCUCUGACGUCGAUGAUGAGAUUCACCCGCAAGGAGUGCACGAGUCUCACCGCUUUUCACGCCAUCACGGUCCCGAGCGGACGUACGUCAAAACGCCCAUGUUAGAAGAGUGGAGACAAGCGCCCGUUGCCACUCUAGUUGCUGAGGACCUCGACUUUAUGACACCUACAAGGACCCCAAAUACCGCGAACAACAACACUUGGUGGGAAGGGAACCAAACAGGCCGGCGCCGGCGGUCAGGCACACAUGUGGAGCCUACAUACGAUGGCUAUGCCGAUGAGCCUUUUCCCCAGACAAUCUUCGAUCCUCCGCUGCACCUCAAGUGUGGACCACUGCUACGAUACACUGGCCUACGAAGAGACCAAAGCCGGGCGGGCAAAGAACGAGAGAUAUGGAGAGGAAGUGUAAUGAUCGUUACCACCGACGCCGGGUCAACGUAUCAUAAAACGCCCGUCCUACGUCUUUUCAAACAGGCAAUGGACAUCCUUCCACCGCCACCACAGGAGCUUGACGGCGAUGAGCUCAACCCUGCUUAUGUUGAUCCCAUCGAAGGACAAUGUAAAGUCUCGAGAACCGGGCAGACCAUGUACGUGAAACCUGUCCACGAGAUAGCCGAAGGCGAGGAUCUGUCUCGAACCGAAGACGAGUCUGGUCUUUUCUCGUUGGUUCGUUCACUGAGCGCCCCCGGCGCGAGACCGACGCGCAUUCAUAAAAAAGACGGCGAAAAGCUCGGUAAAGUAAGAGAGAUUCCUGGAGUUCGUCUGCACGCUGAACGAGGCGUCACGUUUUGGCGCUUCAAUCUCGAGGUCGAACUUGGAAGCGCGCAAGCACGUGUUGCAUACAGGAUCAACAACGGCCCUGCGGUCGGUUUCUGGGUACCAGCCAAGGGCGAGACUAUGAAUGUCAUGUUCCACAGCUGCAACGGCUUUUCAUUGAGCGUAGACCCAAAGCAGUUUUGUGGACCAGAUCCAAUGUGGCGCGACGUUCUAAACUCACAUCAAAGCAGGCCGUUCCACGUUAUGCUUGGAGGGGGCGACCAAAUCUACAAUGAUGCUGCCAUGAAGCAGACGACAUUGUUCAGACAGUGGACCGAGAACAGGAAUCCGCUAGAUAAACAUCAUACUCCAUUCUCCGAGGCAAUGCAGAAUGAGCUGGAGCAGUUCUACUUGGAUCGAUAUUCCAUGUGGUUCUCACAAGGUCUCUUUGGCAUGGCCAACUCCCAGAUUCCAAUGGUCAACAUAUGGGAUGACCACGACAUAAUUGACGGCUACGGAUCUUAUCCCCACCACUUCAUGCAGACACCAGUCUUUACUGGCAUCGGUGCUGUGGCCUUCAAGUACUACAUGUUGUUCCAGCACCAGUCUGUUCCUGCCGAAACCGAACAGACAGAACCCUCGUGGGUACUCGGCAAAAGUCCCGGACCAUACAUCAAGGAGCGUUCUCGAAGUGUGUUCAUGCAUCUUGGCCAACAGUUGGCCUUCUUGGGACUGGAUUGUCGGACUGAACGACAACGUGACGAGAUCUUGACUGAGGAUUCAUACGAUGUCAUUUUUGAUCGUCUUGAAGAUGAGAUCAUCAAGGGUCAGACCAAACACUUGAUCGUACUCCUUGGAGUGCCAAUUGCUUACCCAAGAUUGAACUUUCUCGAAAACAUAUUGACUAGCAGAUUGAUGGACCCUAUCAAAGCCAUGGGACGCGCCGGUCUGCUUGGUGGCUUUGUCAACAGAUUCGACGGUGGCGUCGAAAUUCUUGACGACCUCGAUGAUCACUGGACGGCCAAGCACCACAAAGAAGAACGAAACUGGUUCAUCAAGGAGCUGCAGCAUAUCGCAGAGACAAAAUCCGUUCGUGUGACCAUCCUUGGAGGUGACGUGCAUCUCGGUGCUGUAGGUCAAUUUUACUCCAACAAGAAGCUUAAGAUACCAAAAGACAAAGACGCCAGGUACAUGCCCAACGUCAUCUCUUCUGCUAUCGUCAAUACGCCUCCUCCAGAUAUGAUGGCCGAUAUUCUCAAUAAGCGCAACAAGGUUCAUCACCUCGACGCCAACACCGACGAAGACAUGAUUCCAAUCUUCACUCAUGGCGUAGACGGAAAGAAGCGAAACAACAAUCACCUCCUCCCUCACCGGAACUGGUGCAGCAUCCGCGAAUACAAGCCGGGGUCGUCACCGCCGGGCACUCCUAAUCCUGAAACAAGGCCCCAGCCUGGUAGGAGACUAUCAGACUCUUUCAAUCCUCGUCAGAUGGUCAGGAGAUUCAGUAGUGACCAGGCGCGUCGACCAAGCGCGCGUGGACGCGGCCCACCUUUGUCGUACUACAACAACCCUCAGAACGCCACUGCCGACGAGCUUCAGACCGACGUACACAAUCAACCACAAUCAUCAUUCUCUCCAGAUAGAUCUGAGAGUGAAAGGCCUCGGUCUCGCCGCAACUCGCUAACUUCACUGUUUCGCCGCCGCGCUUCAGUCGACAGUGGCGAUCGUCACAACUCUACACAAAGUCUGCCACCAGUGCAAGCCCGGAACAAUGCCUCCCUCGAGCGCCCGUCCGAGUUUCGUCGUAGACCCAGCGUCUUGACAAAGAAGGGCUUACAACAGAAACAAAAGGGCGACUUCAUCAACCUCGAAGGUGGUCUAGAUAUCUCUCUGAAUAUGGAGGUCUCACAACACGAUCCCGCUGGCAUCACUGUUCCUUACCGCCUUUUGGUGCCUACGCUCAACUACACGGUCCCAGAGCCUGGCACCACCGAGAAGCAGCCACGCAAGGGCAGCUUUUUGGGCAUGUUUGGAGGUCGGCGAAAGAGGAAGACUAUCGGUGACGACGGCUAUUCGCAGAGCGGCAGUGAGAGUGGAACUGACAGUGACGUAGGAGAGAUGUCUGAAGACGACGAGGAAGAGCGCGCUCGCCAAAGGUACAGGGUCGGGCCCAGGAUCCUGAUUCCUGGCUUUGGAUCUAGGAACAAGCGUACUGCUUCUGCGAACCAAGCCCCCGCACACGAUACUGGUUUGAGCUCAGGGUUCCAUGCUAAUGAAGAUUUGGUCGACCAUGCGCGUACGGGCGGGUCGCGCGAUAUGGGACCAAAUCGAAGGCAAAGCGUAGACGUGGAACCUACAAACCAUGGCACUGACGGUUCAGCAUGGGAGGCUGUUGGAGGGAGAAGACACAGCAGUGCCCCACAAUCACAAUCUGCACCUCCAACUGCAGCUCUACCUCCUAUGCGUUCUGGCCCCUUACACAGAACACCCACGCACAACUCAUCCCACAAAUCGCAGCUGCCUGAGCCCCAGUCUCCUGAUGUCCAGAGGCGUUCUAUGGGUGGGAUUCUCAAUCAGCAUGGCGACGAGAUCUUUGAGCACGAUGCUCACGUACUUGCUCAUACCUCUUCCAAGUCGAAGCGGGACUCCUACAAACGCGACUCCUACCCACCGCACCCUGCCAUCGUAGGUGCCGGACCAGACUCACCGUACAACUAUCGAGGCGGUAUGCAAGCCCGAGACGACACCGCAGGUGGUGAUUACUUCAGCAGUGGCAGUCGACAGCCACGACCCACGAGCCAGACCCGUCCCAUAUCCAAUGGACAUUUUAUACACCCAACACCUCAACGCGCAAUUCCUGCGCCCGCCCCUGCGCCUGCCACUGCAUCUAUAAGGGCUGUGUAUGCUGAACGAGGUGGCUAUGACCGGAUGUCGUAUCCUGCUUACCCCAGCCGAAACGGCAAUGGUGCUGGAGAUGACGAGUAUGAUAGCGUCGAUGAUGACGACAGAAGCUACAGUGGUGGUGGGCAAGAGAUGAGCCAGGAGAGCUUUGUGCCGCCAAAGCCGAAGAAGAAGUGGCAGAUCUGGCGGUAG